GUGUUUCUCCUAAAUGCCGUGGCGCCGCCAAAGACGCCUGCGUGGGGCGGGGGCGGGAUGAGUUUCUUUUCGUGCGGCUGCGGGACGCUGCUGCGUGAACUUAGUGGGCUGCCGUCUUUUUCUUCCUUCCCUCUCCCUGCUCUCACUCUCUGCGCCGCACCCCACCGCGCUCCCCAUUUCUCUCUCUGUUUCUUCCUCUUCGCUGCCCCGCAGCCCACUGGCUCUGCUGCGACGCUACUGCCACCACCACCACCGCUGUUUUUGCCGAUGGCGCUGACGGUGCGGCGCCGUGCGGUGUGCGCCCUGGCGCUCUUCGCGCUUCUCAGCGGCUGCUGCCCCUCGUUUGUCUGCGGCGCGGCGACGGCGGCUAAAGUGAAAGUGUCGGUGGAAGUGUCGUGCCCGACCGCCGGCAACAAGUUGCGUUGGCGCGUUGCUGACAAGAGUAAUUCUGGCUGGAAGGAGUGCCCGCAGGCAGUGACAGGCGCGGGGAGCAUUGAAGGCGAUGCUGGCAGCAAUUCCCUCUGCCUCACUGCCGGAUCGGCGUUCCUGGAGAAGUUCUCGACGGGGAAGUGCCCUUCACCCCCAACGGAGGGCGGAGACGCUGUUGCGUUCAGGUUGAACUGUACGGCGGCCGCCGACAGCGCGCUGCACAAUCUGUCGAAGGGCGAAGCCGUCACCCUCAAUCCAACGGACAAUCCACUGGGCGAGUCCGGCGAUUGUGAGUACCCAACCUCCAGUCAAACCGCGACGCAAGUGCAGCCAGAACCCCAAUCUACAGAACAACAGCAGCCAGCAGGCCCACAACAACAACAACCGGCAAAUGCAGCAGCAGCGUCAUCUGCAGCGCGAACUCAUGACGGAGGCCGUACGAGGAAUGGAGGCUCCACUGCUGCUGUUGGGGAGCAGCCAGACAGUGCGGAGGGAGGCGGAAGUCGGGAACCAUCGCCAGAAGGUCCUCAGGAAACUACAACUCCAUCGGUUGGCAAUGCGGCUACACCAACACAGACGGCAGGCGACAGGGCAGCCGAUGGAACGACGACGACGACCACCCGCAGUCCGAGUGCUGGGAGCCACGCGAAAAGCAACGCGGGCGGCAGUGCCACCAACAGCAACGCCACUCAGAAAGCCGUGGCAAAUGCUGCGGAUCGCAGUGCCACCUCCACUCCGUUUGUGUGUGUGCCUCUCAUGCUGCUACUCACGGCCGCCCUUGCCUGCGCUGCUGGGUAA